ACAACAGAUACUCUGCUUCAGUCUUACUUCAGAAUGUCUGUCUGUGCAUCUUCUCACAAGGAGUUUUCUCAGUUACUGCCAAUUCAGGAUAUUGGACGUAGUAAAAUAGAAAUUAAAAGCUCACCUUCUGGCAUCGGCUCUCCUGUUUAUAGCUGCAGUCAGUCUCCUCUGACAAUGCAACAGAGUCCAAUUUAUAUUCCUUCAUCUUAUAUGGAAAACAGACACGAAUAUUCUGCAAUGGCUUUCUAUAGUCCUGCCAUGAUGAAUUACAACAUUCCUAGCAAUUUCAGCGAUUCAGAAAGUGCAUCUGUAAGGCAGACAUCAAGUCCAAAUGUUUUAUGGUCUGCUCCUGGCCAUAUUUCACCUUUGACAUUACAUUGCCAGUCAUCACUUUUAUAUGCAGAGCAACCAAAGAGCCCAUGGUGUGACGCAAGACCAGUGGACCAUGCACUGCCUAUGAACAGAGAGACAUUAAAAAGAAAAUCUAAUGGCAGUGAUUGUACAAGUCCUGCUGUGAAUAGUCCUGGUUCAAAAAGAGAUGCACACUUCUGUGCAGUCUGCAGUGAUUAUGCUUCAGGAUAUCACUAUGGCGUUUGGUCUUGUGAAGGAUGUAAAGCAUUCUUUAAAAGAAGUAUUCAAGGACACAAUGAUUACAUCUGUCCAGCUACCAAUCAAUGCACAAUAGAUAAAAAUAGGCGUAAAAGCUGUCAGGCAUGUAGACUACGGAAAUGCUGUGAAGUAGGAAUGAUGAAAUGUGGUUCAAGAAGAGAACGUUGUGGGUAUCGUAUCAUACGCCGUCAUCGUAAUGCAGAAGAUCAAGUGCAUUGCACUGGCAAAGCUAAAAAGAAUAGUGAAAAUACAACCCGAGUGAAAGAAAUCCUUCUUUGUUCACUCAGUCCUGAGCAGUUUGUUUUAACGUUACUUGAAGCUGAACCUCCUAAUGUGUUGCUGGUGAGUCGCCCCAGCAAGCCAUUUACAGAAGUCUCCAUGAUGAUGUCAUUGACAAAACUUGCAGACAAAGAAUUGGUUCACAUGAUUGGUUGGGCCAAGAAAAUUCCUGGCUUCAUAGAGCUCAGUCUGUAUGACCAAGUGAGGCUUUUGGAGAGUUGUUGGAUGGAAGUUUUAAUGGUGGGUCUGAUGUGGAGGUCGAUUGAUUAUCCUGGCAAGCUAAUUUUUGCACCAGAUCUUGUAUUAGACAGGGAUGAGGGGAAAUGUGUAGAAGGAAUUCUGGAAAUCUUUGACAUGCUCCUAGCCACAACAUCAAGAUUUCGAGAGCUGAAAUUACAGCACAAGGAGUAUCUGUGUGUCAAGGCUAUGAUUCUUCUCAAUUCCAAUAUGUUUCCAUUGUCAGCUGCUGCAGAAGAAUCUGAAAGCAACAGGAAGCUACAUCACUUGCUUAAUGCAGUAACUGAUGCUUUGGUGUGGGUUAUUGCAAAAAGUGGAAUUCCAUCUCAGCAACAGACAACUCGUUUGGCUAACUUGUUAAUGUUACUUUCUCAUGUCAGGCAUGCAAGUAACAAAGGUAUGGAGCACCUUCUGAGCAUGAAGUGUAAAAAUGUGGUCCCUGUCUAUGACUUGCUGCUGGAAAUGCUGAAUGCACACACACUUCGAGGUCAAAGAAAGUCUGCAGUCACAGAUUCUGAAUUUGGCACAUCAGAACAAACUGAUACUAGAGAUGAUACGCGGAAUAUGGCAGAACAGUAACUUUAUAAUUACCUGGAAGAUCAGCCCAGCCCAACCCUAGGAAGUAACUCUACGGUGAAAAAUCAGAGGCCAGACUUCAGUAUCAAUCUACGAAAGGGUUAUUGUAAUCAACUGAGAGUAAAAAUAAUUUUGAAGAUGUCUGAAAGAUAGCUUGGUAAGGUUCUUUUCCAACUUAUUUUUUGGGACAUUUUGAGAUAUGGUAAAAGCUCCUUGUAUAUUCUAUAUCACAUCACCUUGGCAAUUGGAUAAAUUGUACGUAAUGAAGGUAAAUUGUAGGCUAUGAAAUUUUCCUUUGACCUUUAAUUUCCUUCAAAUUUUCUCUUAGAAAAGUUGCGUAAUAGCAUAUGUAUUGAAUAUUGUCUGUCAGCAAUUUAAAAUCAGUACUUAGCAGAAAGCUUUACAUGGGCAUUUAUGACAAACUGGGAAAGAAUGGCUGGAUUUGAUAAAGGUGUAAAGAACUAAAAAUACAGAAGCUCUAGACAAGAUAAAAGUAAUCCAUUUCAAAAUGAAAUAAGUAUAGCAUAAUGUGGGGAAGAGAAGGAUGGGGAAAGAGGUGAUAAAAUCACCCUUCCCUUCUUUCUUACCCACUGAUACAGUAUUGCUGAAAAAUUGGUUUGAAUCAUGUGGACUACUCUCAAGCCUGGAUCAGCAAAAACAUUAAAUGUAAAGAAAUACAAAAAUGCAACAUAUAUGCAAAAGUCAGAAAAGCCAAUUGAUUAUUCUCAAAAAGACACUAAUGCUUAGGGCACUGCUUAAUGCACUAAUGUGCUACAUCUUGGGGACUAAGAAUUUGGGGGCGCUAAUAGGAGACGCCUGCGCCAGGGAGCACUUCUGGUUGGUGAGAAGCAGGACAGGUUCGACUCUACUUCUUUAUACUUGGAAUCUCUCAUCAUUCUGUGCUUUCACUAUGCUGGCGCCACUCCCUGCUAGCAGUUCCUGAGAACAAGCUAGAGUGGGGGCUUUAGUGCACAUUUGGUGUACAGGCCUGGGGCAUAAUCUAUUUACAUUCACUGCAGGGAGACUUUAAAGGACUCUGCUCUUUCCAAAGAUGCAAAUAUACAAGAAGUUGUUUUUACAAACCGGUCUGAAGGGGGAUGGGGAGUGUAGCUGUGGAUAUCAUGAGUAGCAGGAGAGUUACAAGUAUGCCAAAGCAGGCAAAUGUGGGUGGGGGUAGGAAAGAUACAAAGUUUAGUAUUUUGUGCAUUUUUGUAAAACUGGCUUUAAAAGCUGCCCCCCUCCCCCCACCUCCAAAAGGUACAUGGUGUUAGACCCCAGGUUUGUUUCUUGUUCAUGUGUCCUACAGUGCAGCCAGGAAUGAAGAUUAUUAGCACUGCAGCAAGGGCUUUUUUUUUUUUUUGCCAGCUGGAUGGAGUUCCCUCGCUGUACACUUCCCCCUUUUCUUUAAGAGUGAGGUAUAAUGGGGAAGUUCAUAGCAAUUGCUUUGAGGUUGUGAAGGUAUU